AUGUCCACUGUAAUCAACGGUUAUACUCCCCCUCAGCCUCCCGUGAUUGAAGACUUGUACGGCCCAGAGCCGUACGACUACAACUUCGGCGUCUCUGUGGACUUCACUCGGCUCGAGACCGACCGCAUUGCUCUAACACCACUCGAACCUCGUAUACAUGCGCCGCUCUGGUUUGAGCAGGUAUCUAAAGACGCCAGUCUCGAAGGGUGGAUGUCCUUCCGGCAUGAUUCGCUGGAUCAACUCCUUCGACGACUCGAGACUUGGAGACGCAACCCAAACGUACUCAUCUUCGCGGUCAUAGACAAGGGUCGUCCUGGUCAAGCGCCGAUUGUCCCUGGUGGCAGCUUCGCGGGCAUCAUUGGUCUCGUCCAGUAUUCAGCGCAGAACCUGUCUGUGUCCAUGGCGCCCAUCAUCACAUGGCGCGACUUCCAACGGACGUAUGUAACAUCAAGUGCCAUCGGGCUUCUCCUUCGUUACUGCCUCGAUACGCCAGCUCAAGGCGGUCUCGGAUUACGCCGUAUAGGCUGGAUCGCGAACGAAAUGAAUGCCGCGUCGGUCAGCGCCGCCUUACGGAUGGGAUUCAAGCACGAGGUCACUCUGCGGUGGUCAUCAGUCCUACUAGAUGAGAAGAAGGUCGGCGAUGGGCGCCCUCUGCGAGAGGGGGAUCCGCAUCCGGGACGGGGCGGAAGGGACAACGAAAGAUUCUCGUUCUGCUGGGAGGACUGGGAGGACGGCGGGCGCGAGCGAGUUCAGGCGCUUAUUGACCGGAAGUAG